CUUCAAACAAAACAAAACCGAAAGCAUAGGAGUAUACACACAUCUGUUUUUCCUUCAUCCUUUAUUAAUUUCUUCAAAUGAUUAAUAGAUUCAACCGGACCGAUCGCCGGAUUCUAACGUUUCCGGCAGUUCAUCCUUGUGAAGGCAUUUCUCCGGCUACCCUUUUGAGCUCUUUAAUCUCUCUUUCACAAAACAUAUGCAAUUACCAGUCAAAGUUUUUCUCUACACAAAGGAGAAAUGCGCGCGAAGCCAUUAGACAAAUUGGCAUAUUUCUUAUAUUCUUCGAGGAAAUUAGAGAUCGUGAAUUGAUUCUUCCCGACUCAGUUGUUCUUUCCUUUUCUGAGCUCCAUCUUACGUGUCAAAAAAUCCAAUUCUUAUUAGAGGAUUGCACGUGUGAAGGAGCAAAGCUAUGGAUUUUAAUGAAGUCAGAAUUUAUUGCCACUCAAUUUCGAGUUCUGGUUCGAGCUAUUGCUACUGCACUUGAUGUAUUGCCAUUGAAUUUGAUUGAUGUAGGAGGUGAAGUGAAGGAAUUAGUUGAAUUAGUAGCAAGACAAGCUCGAAAAGCCAAAUUCGAGCUAGACCCUGAAGAUGAAUGGGCUUCAAAACAAGUAGUUAUGAUUUUGAAUUAUUUUGAAAAAGGAAUUGAGUGUGAUUGCAGCUUUGUUAAGCGGGUUCUUGAUUAUUUAGAGAUUAGAAGUUGGAGUGAUUGUUUUAAGGAAAUUAAGUUCUUAGAAGAAGAGAUUAUUUUUCAAUGCUCAGAUUGUGAUGAAAAAGAAGUUCCAUUUUUGAGUAGUUUAUUAGGGUUAAUGAGCUACUGCAGGGGUGUUAUUUUCGAGAAAUUGGAUAAUCGAAUUACGGAUCACAUCGAUAUGAAAUGCAACACGGAAACUCUUAGUUGCUUAAAUCCAGAAGAUUUUCGGUGCCCAAUUUCACUUGAGAUAAUGACUGAUCCUGUUACUGUAUCAACAGGUCAGACUUACGAUCGUUCUUCAAUAGAAAAAUGGUUUAAAGCAGGAAACAUGCUGUGUCCCAAAACAGGGGAGAAGCUGAAGAAUACAGAGCUAGUACCAAAUACAACUCUGCGAAAGCUAAUCCAACAGUUCUGCAACGACAACGGCAUUUCAUUAACUAAAUCAGGAAACAGAAAUCGCGAUAUAACAAGAACAAUAAUUCCAGGAAGUCCUGCAGCCGCAGAAGCUAUGAAAUUCCUCUCUAGAUAUCUUGCAAGAAGACUGGUUUUUGGGUCACGCGACGAAAAAAACAAGGCUGCUUAUGAAAUCAGAUUACUUGCAAAAUCAAACAUAUUCAACAGAUGUUGUUUGAUCGAUGCAGGCACAAUUCUACCUCUAAUAAAUCUUUUAUCUUCUCGUCCAGAUAACUCUAUCCAAGAAAAUGCCAUUGGAGCUUUAUUAAAGCUUUCCAAACAUACUAAUGGCAAGAAGCUAAUAAUUGAUAGUGGAGGCUUAAAACCCAUCAUUGCAGUACUUAUAAAGGGAUUAAGCUAUGAAGCGAAGCAAAUAGCAGCUGCAACAAUUUUUUACUUAGCUUCAAUAAAAGGUCAUCGAAAAUUAAUCGGUGAAACACCUGAAGCAAUUCCAGCAUUAGUGGAGCUAAUUAAAGAUAAGCCGACUAAUGGAAAAAAGAAUGCAGUUGCAGCUAUUUUCGCGCUACUUCUCCAUCCUGGAAAUCACCAGAAGGUAUUGGCAUCUGGUAUUAUUCCAUUACUUAUAGAUCUUCUUCGUUCUUCGGAUAAAGAUGAACUUAUAGCUGAUUCACUUGCAGUAAUUGCAGCUUUAGCUGAAAGUAGUAUUGAUGGUUCAUUAACAAUAUUACAAAAUUCAGGUUUACUAAUAAUUUUGAAAAUACUGCAAUCUUUACCUUCUAGGGUUGGAAAAGAGUACUGUGUAUCGAUAUUAUUAGCUUUGUGUAAAAAUGGAGGUGUUCAAGUGGUUGAAGUAUUAGCGAAGGACUCUGCUCUUAUGAGUUCAUUAUAUUCACUCCUAACUGAUGGAACUUCAAAUGCCAGUAGCAAAGCCAGCUCUCUUAUAAAGAUUUUACAUAAAUUUCAUGAAACAAGUUCUUCAGGAACUGUUGCUUCUGCUCAAUGUGAACGGCAAGCUCAUGUUCGGUGAUUCUGUUCCUUUUUUUUUUUUUUUU